AUGGACACUUACGAGGACUACAAUUCACCGUAUGGUGUCGCGACCAGAGCUGCUCACCCUGGUGCAGUUUUGCUUUCGCCACAACCGUCAGGUGUCGGUUCUUCCCACACGAGUGCUCAGGGUUUGACAUCCGCAUUUGGCGGGAUGAGCAUCUCUAAUGAUAGCAGUACUCUUGUUGAAGAAUCCAACCAUGCAGCAGCAGCUGGCUCUGCUGUGAAUAUGGGACAACACAACACAGGUCACUCCUCAGGUUUUAUUAACCUGACUCAGGACAUUCACAAUAUUUGCAAGUGGCUUACAAACAUGUCAAGUGCUCAACAAAAUAUGGUCAUGGAUAACGUAAUUUCUGUAUUGAAGGACGACGUACUGCAAUACACAAAGUUGAAACUGGAUAGUCUUACGAACUCUGGUUACUUAUCAUCCCCACCGCAACCUCCAAUGAUCUCCUCGCCGUUGUCUGUACCACUUCUGAACGAACUCACAGGCGGAUCGUCUUCCAAUGGAAUAACUAAUAUGAACUCGAUGUUCAAUACACAAAGAUCAUCAGCUGUGGCAGGUCCUGUAGCGGCAGGUUCCGCAGCAGUUAACAUGAAUGGUACAUACCAUCCUUGGUCUCCACAACCUACACUCGACCAACAACAACAACAACAACAACAACAGCAGCAGCAGCAACAGCAACAGCAACAGUACACUUCACAACAGAGACCGAAGUCUGCAGAACCUGCAACUUAUCAAACAUCUGUCUCUAACGGAAUGAUAUCUAACUCUCGCCAUUUAAACUUGCACAACAAUCAAAAUUAUAAUGUUUCACAACAACAGCAACAGCAACAACAACAUCAGCAACAGCAACAGCAACAGCAACAAAGUUUGAGUACCUCUCCUAAUACACUAUACCACCAACAAAUCUCCUAUAACAAUAGCAAUAAUCAUAAUAAUCGUAUGAAUGGAAACAGUGUUAGUUCUACUGGAAGAAAGAAUUACCAAGAUUCACAAUCUCAACCUCAACACCAUCCUUACAGUUACACAAGUACAGGUUUACACUCUUACAAUAAUUUCUAUUCUUUUACAAGAGCACACCAGAAUAAACAUAGGCAUGGAAAUGAUGAUAACAACAAUAACAUGGGUCAUGGGAAUAAUAAGAAUCCAGCAAACGCAUCAAUGAAUCCUAAGAACCUUACUGAUCCGAAAUUGUUGGCGGAUAUUCCAUCAUGGUUGAAAUCUUUACGUCUUCACAAGUAUUCUACUAUCUUACAAGAUUUCUACUGGGAAGACCUUAUUGAGCUUAGCGAUGAAUUCCUAGAUCGUCAUGGUGUUGCAGCUCUUGGUGCACGCAGAAAGCUGUUAAAGGCUUUUACCAUUGUUAAAGAAUACAAAGCAGCGGGACAAAUCGAUGCUAGCGCGUUUGAUCCAAAGAAACAUACAGAACCUCCUGGCCCAAGUGGUUCAGGUUCAGUAACUCAGGAUUCUAUUUAG